CGCCGUACGUGUUCUUCUUCUACGGAUGACGAAGUCUCUUCCUACGUACAUUGAAAACUUCUCCGAUCUGAUCAAAUCACUCCUUACUUAUAUCGGGCCAAAGGCUCGAGGUGAUCGAGCGAGAUAUGAAACUAAAUUAAUCCCGUGAACUCGUGAUAGUUUUGAAUCAUAGGGAUGGAUCGGAUGCAGUCGCCGGAACCGAGCAGGAGAAACCGGAGGGUGGUGGUGGUUGGCGGCGGUGUCGCUGGCUCCCUCAUUGCCAAGAACCUCCAGUUCGUGGCCGACGUCACUCUCAUCGACCCGAAGGAGUACUUUGAGAUUCCAUGGGCAAGUUUGCGGUCGAUGGUGGAACCGUCAUUCGGGGACAGAUCAGUGAUCAACCAUGGGGAUUACCUAACCAAUGGUCGCGUGAUCACGUCCAGAGCAAUUAAAAUCACUGACACAGAAGUUUUGACCUCGGAGGGUCGCUUCAUUGCCUAUGACUAUCUUAUCAUUGCAACGGGCCACGAUGAUCCGGCCCCCCUCACCAAAACUGAUAAACUGGGAGAAUACGAAGCAGAGCUUCAAAAGAUCAAGUCUGCUCAAUCAAUUCUGAUCAUUGGUGGCGGUCCAGUGGGGGUGGAACUAGCUGGGGAAAUCGCAGCCGACUUCCCGGAGAAAAAGAUAACUCUGGUACAUAGGGGGUCGAGGUUGCUGGAGUUCAUCGGACCGAAGGCUUCAGAUAAAACACUAAAUUGGUUGAGGUCCAAGGGAGUGGAGGUGAAACUGGACCAAUCAGUGGACUUGAAGUCGAUUACAAGUUCAUCCGAUGGAACAAGAACAUACACUACGUCUGAACGGGAGAGUAUAAGCGCAGAUUGCCAUUUUCUCUGCACGGGUAAACCGGUGGCAUCUGAAUGGCUUAAGCACACCAUCUUAAAGGACAACUUGGACCAGGAAGGAAUGUUGAUCGUGGACCAGCACAUGCGAGUUAAGGGCCGGGACAACAUGUUUGCUAUCGGAGAUAUUACUAACGUUCGGGAAAUCAAACAAGGUUAUCUGGCGCAAAAACACGCUCUAGUCGCCGCGAAGAACCUGAAGCUGCUGAUGGAAGGGGGGACAGAAAGCAAGAUGGCCGUUUACGAGCCUCGCUCGGCGAAGACUAUUGUCUCGCUCGGGCGCAGAGAUGCAGUGGCGCAGUUCUCUUACACCACCAUCAUCGGACUCGUCCCUGGAUUGAUCAAGUCCAGGGACCUGUUCGUCGGGAAAACAAGGAAACUGAUGGGUCUGAAACCCGAUAUCGAAUAUUCUUGAGAUCCAACCGAGUACAUUUACACUGCAACGUUUUUGCCUGCUAUUGUUUGCCUAUGGGGUGACGAAUUUCUCAUUUUCCCACUUGUCCUUACAGUCUUCAUUUAUUUGUAAAAUUGGAGAAUAACUCGAUGUCCAUUAUGAAAUUCGUGAAUUUUCUUCAUUAAUGAAUGCGAGUACUUGGGCCACA